CCAAUUUUGCCACAUCAGACACCAGCACCUGUCAUUCAAGUUGGUUGCUGACUGUUCAGGGGCUGCGACUGAGACCCCUGAUGUCGAGAUGAACCGGUCACAUUUUGAAGAUCAGUAACUCAAACCUACCUGCCAAAUUCAAAAAUGCACACCGAGAAGGUUUUGCGCGGGAUGGGUUACAAACUGGGGAUAACGAUCGGCGAGGGAAGCUACUCCAAAGUCAAACUGGCCAGCUCACAGAAACACAACUCACAGGUCGCCAUCAAAAUCGUUGACCGUAGAAAGGCACCUCUUGACUUCGUGAGCAAGUUUCUACCCAGAGAACUAGCACUGUUGAGAACUGUCAGACACGCCAACAUAGUGCAUGUGCACGAAUUCAUCGAAGUUUGCAACGGGAAACUAUACAUUGUUAUGGAGGCAGCAGUAACGGAUUUACUCCAAAAGAUCCAAGAGGUCAGUUGCAUCGCUGAAGACCAGGCCAAGCCUAUGUUCUCCCAGAUUGUCAGCGCUGUGGACUACCUUCACGAAAACAACAUCGUGCAUAGAGACUUGAAGUGUGAAAAUGUACUACUGACUAUAGACAAUCAGGUGAAGAUCACCGACUUUGGUUUUGGGAGGUUUUCUGCGGGCUACCCGGAACUGAGUAGCACCUACUGCGGAUCUGCGGCCUAUGCCCCACCCGAGGUCCUCCUUGGAGUUCCGUACGACCCUAAGAAAUAUGAUGUGUGGAGUCUGGGUGUUAUUCUGUAUGUCAUGGUCACCGGGUGCAUGCCGUUCGACGAUACCAACGUCAGCAAGCUCCCGCGCAUCCAGCGCAAGGCCUUGGUCUAUCCAGAAGACUCAACAGUGAGCGAACCUUGCCGAGAAUGCAUCAAAGUUUUGUUGCAGUUCAGCCCCUCGAACCGUCCGACCAUAAAACAGGUGUUAGAGCAGUCUUGGCUGCAAUAGACAAGAGGCUUUGGGAUGAGUGUAUCAUUAAACGUGGUUCAAUUGCAAAACAAACUUA